CGUAGGUUUGCUCCGCGGGCUCACGAAGUGAACCCAAAUAAGUGGGUGAUGGAAAUUGAACAGUUUGUAUCCAAGACACUUGAGCUUCUGCAGGAGGAGAGAGAGGCUGAAAUACAAGAGACCAGGAUAUGGCAGGAAAACCUGUCUCUUAAGGAUCUUCAAAGCAAAGGAGUAUGCUUGCUGAAACUACAAAUAGGAAGUCAGUGCACAGGCCUUUAUGGCCGAACACUAGUCAUCCUAGAGCCAAGAAAAUACAUUGGUGCAUCAGUUCUUCCAAGUAACAGCUUUGGACCUGGAGACAUCGUUGGCUUGUAUGACACAAGUGAAUGCAGUGCUGCCUCUCAGCUUGGCACAGGGAUAGUGACAAGGGUCAGCCAGACAUCAAUAACCGUAGCCUUUGAAGACUCCCAGGAUGGCCUUAGUAUUGAAACGGACUCUCUGUACAACCUCUUGAAGUUGGCCAAUGAUGUCACCUACAAACGAAUGAAACAUGCCUUGAACGCUUUGAAUGGGUACAGCAGUGGGCCAGCCUCUAGCUUAAUAAGUGUCCUGUUUGGAUACUCAGAAGCUGGCUCUCAGUCACAGACAAGUAAGUUAGCUUUCUUUAACUUGAAUCUGGAUGAGUCCCAGAGAGAGGCUGUGUCCUUUGCUCUGUCUCAGAGGGAAGUAGCUGUGAUUCAUGGACCUCCAGGCACUGGGAAAACUACCACAGUAGUGGAGAUCAUGCUUCAAGCAAUCAAACAAGGCCAUAAGAUCCUGUGCUGUGCCUCCUCUAAUGUAGCAGUGGAUAAUCUAGUUGAACGGCUAGCCAGGUGCAAAGCCAAGGUCCUGAGACUGGGCCAUCCCGCCAGACUCCUUGAAUCAAUUCAAAAACAUUCACUGGAUGCCAUCCUUGCCCGGAGCGACAAUACAAACAUCAUCACAGACAUCCGGAAAGACAUCGAUAAAGCAUUUUUGGGAAUAAAGAAGAAUCAUGACAAGGGAGAACGGUCCCGUUUCAAAAGGGAAAUAGGGGAGCUUCGAAAAGAGCUGAGAACGAGGGAAGAAGCAGCCAUCUCCCAGAUCCUACAAAAUGCUGAUGUUGUGUUGUCAACCAACACAGGUGCUUAUGAUGGUGGCCCUCUGAAGGUGCUGCCAGCUGACCAUUUUGAUUGGGUGGUGAUCGACGAGUGUGCCCAGGCCCUGGAGAGCAGCUGCUGGAUAGCCCUGCUCAAAGCACGCAAAUGCAUCCUUGCUGGAGACUACAAGCAAUUACCACCCACUAUCAAAUCUCAAACGGCCGCAUCAAAAGGCUUGUCUGUCAGUCUUAUGGAGCGACUUAUCCAGAAGUAUGGGGACUCAGUGGUCCGAAUGCUAACAGUACAGUACCGGAUGAACAAAGCCAUUAUGGAAUGGGCCUCAAAAGAGAUGUAUCAGGGAAAACUGACAGCACAUUGCUCUGUGGAGAAGCACUUGUUAAAAGAUUUGCCAGGAAUAGCCUGUGUUGAAGAGACCAGUACCCCCCUUCUUCUCAUCGACACUGCAGGCUGUGGCCUAAGUGAACUGGAGGUCACGGAUGAGCAAUCCAAAGGCAAUCAAGGGGAAGCAGACAUUGUUGAACUUCACAUAAAGGCCUUGACCGAAGCUGGAUUAAAAGCCAAGGACAUAGCUGUUAUUGCGCCAUAUAAUCUACAGGUAGAUCUUCUGCGUCAGAGACUCUCUGCAAGGCACCCGGACCUAGAAAUUAAGUCAGUGGAUGGCUUUCAGGGCAGAGAGAAAGAAGCUGUGGUGUUAUCUUUAGUCCGGUCAAACAGAAAAGGUGAGGUUGGAUUUCUUGCUGAGGAUAGAAGGAUAAAUGUGGCUGUUACCCGUGCCAGACGCCACCUUGCUGUGGUUUGCGACACACAGACUGUUCAAAAUCAUGCCUUCUUGAAGUCCUUGAUCAGUCACAUGACAGAGUUUGGAGAGGUCCGAACAGCCUUUGAGUAUCUCCAGGACAUCGUGCCACAGAACUAUACCCGCGACCAGAAAAACACCAAGGCUAACAAUGCAGCUAGCACCUCCUCGUCUACCAAACAGAAGGUUAAAGGUCAGCCUGUGGCUAAGGGGAAGCCAGAACAGAGGAAACACGCUGGUAGCAGGAGCCAGGAAGGUAUUACUUGCUUAGAUAAGCAUUCAAAGGUCAGUGUCUCAGCUCUGACAGAGGAAGAGCAAACCAGGAACAAAUACGCCGAGAUCAGGGACCGGGUAGAGAACUUCCUGAAAGCCCCGAACCAGACUGAACUACAAUUCCCAUCGUCCCUCAACUCCCAUGAUCGACUGCUGGUGCACCAGAUCUCAGAAGAGCUGGGACUCAGGCAUGAGAGCAGAGGUGAGGGUAAGGACAGAUGUAUCACUGUCUCCAGACCGCCGAAGUCCCAGCCGACUGCUGAGCCUGUUGCUGCUGCCGAGCCUGUUGCUGAGGACUCCACACAACCAGGAGCUAUCCAGCUAAAUGAAAGGGUCCAGGAGCCCCAAGGAGGGCCAACGGGUCAAACUCCAUUAGACCUGAGAGGUUUAUACUUGGAGCGAAUGAAGAGGGAGCAACAGAAAAGAGAAGAAAAUGCUCAGCAAAAAAAGCAUCAUGACAACAUUCAUACAGUUCAGCCCUCCAAGAAGAGUCAGUCAGCUAAAGGAAAGAACCGCACCAAAGCAGGUGCCUGUGACAUAGCUGCUGCUGCCACGGCAGAUGACAACUUCGACACACUAAUAAAUGCUGUGAUGAAAGCCGACAGUGUGUGCAGUUUUGUCAAGUGCAAAGCAUCUGUGCUCACCCUUGGCCAGCUCUGCAAGUUUUGCAAUAGACAGUAUUGUCUAAGCCACCACAUACCAGAGGUUCAUGGCUGUGGGGACAAAGCCAAGUCCCAUGCUCGGAUGAGAAUAAGCAAGGAAGGCGUUCUUUAUGCGGGGAGUGGGAAGAAAGACACGUCUUUGGACCCCAGUAAGAAAGCCUAUCUACAAAGAAAACUCGAUUCCAAGAUCAAAGAUAUGGGAUCACAACGGAAAACCAAGAAAAAGGAGAAAGAUUAACUUGAGUUCUAAUUUGCUUUAUAACAAGACUAGAGGAAAGUUAUGGUGAACAAGAUUAAGCAAUAACCUUGUUUAACAGUGACAGCUAUAUCUUGAGGGAAGCAGUAUUGGGUUCAGAUAUGCAGUGUUUUCCCUUGACUUCUUUUUUGUAAGAUUUAGUUACAUUCAAUCAUAUCCAUCACUGCAGACACCCAUGCACAAGGCAUUGAAUUUUACAUAAGUAGCAUCCAUCUAUCUAUCCAUCCAUCCAUCCGAACCGCUUAUCCUGCUCUCAGGGUCACGGGGAUGCGGGAGCCUAUCCCAGCAGUCAUUGGGCGGCAGGCGGGGAGACACCCUGGCCAGUUCACUAGGCCAUCAUACAGGGCCGACAUACACACACACACACACACACACACACACACACACACAUUCAUACCUAGGGGCAAUUUAGUAUGGCGGAUUCACCUGACCUACAUGUCUUUGGACUGUGGGAGGAAACCCACGCAGACACGGGGAGGACAUGCAAACUCCACACAGAGGACGACCCGGGACAACCCCCAAGGUUGGACUACCCCGGGGCUCAAACCCAGGGCCUUCUUUCUGUGAGGUGAUCGCACUAACCACUGCACCACCAUGCCCAUAAGCAGCAUAUAUUUAUUAAUUUUG